UAAGCAAAAAGAAUUCGUUUUGUAAAAGCCAAAGUGUGAAGACCCCAGCAAUGGCCACUGCCGCCGCCACAACCACAGCUGCCGCCGCGUCACAUUUGUUUGGGACCCGGAUCCGGAUCCCCAACCCGAGUUCCGGCAGGUUCCAGGCCCGUUUUGGGUUUGGCCGAAAGAAGACAGAACCACCGGCAAAGAAAGCAACCCCAAAGUCGACAGCCGGGUCGGAGCGGCUGGUUUGGUUCCCAGGCGCGACUCCUCCAGAAUGGCUGGACGGGUCGAUGGUAGGUGACCGUGGGUUCGACCCGUUCGGGUUGGGAAAACCGGUGGACUACUUGCAGUUCGACCUGGACUCGCUGGACCAGAACCUUGCGAAGAAUGUAGCAGGAGACGUGAUCGGAGUGCGAGCCGAGACGACUGAGCUGAAGCCGACGCCGUUCCAGCCGUACAGCGAGGUCUUCGGAUUGCAGAGGUUCAGAGAGUGUGAGUUGAUCCACGGGCGUUGGGCUAUGCUCGGCACUCUCGGCGCCGUCGCCGUGGAGGCUCUCACCGGCGUUGCAUGGCAAGAUGCUGGCAAGGUGGAGUUGGUGGAGGGAUCAUCAUACCUUGGCCUUCCAUUGCCAUUCUCACUGACAACCCUAAUAUGGAUAGAGGUGAUAGUAAUCGGGUACAUCGAGUUCCAGAGAAAUGCAGAGCUUGACCCAGAAAAAAGACUUUACCCUGGCGGCUACUUUGACCCACUUGGCUUGGCAUCUGACCCAGAGAAAUUAGAGUCUCUGCAACUGGCUGAAAUCAAGCACUCCAGAUUGGCUAUGGUGGCUUUCCUUAUCUUUGCCCUUGAGGCAGCCAUUACUGGCAAAGGUCCCAUCAGUUUCCUAGCUUCAUUCAACCAGUGAUCAUAUAUAUGUAUAUAUAAAAGAUCUAUACAUAAGUAUCUUGAGAAAAUAUGCAAAAUAUUUCACUUCAACGAUGUAAUAAUUAAUUAUUUAUGGUAAAAAAUUCAGAUGAAAAUAUGGAUUUUACUCUCUGAAAA